AUGCGCUUCUCCAUCUUGGCUACCUUGUUUGCGGCCAUUGUGCCGGGUCUUGCACUCCCAAGCCCGCUGAAGGCUAGAGAUGUCCCAUCCGAUGAAUUAUCUCAAUUCAAGUUAUGGGUUCAGUAUGCUGCUGCCUCUUACUGUGAAGCCAAUUAUGCUGGUCAGGUUGGUGCCAAAUUGGGCUGCUGGGCCGGUAACUGCCCCCAGGUUGAGGCAGCUGACACCAAAAUUGUCUAUGAUUUCUCCAGUACCACUGCUACCGAUACUGCGGGCUAUAUUGCGGUAGACAACACCAACAAGGCCGUGAUUCUAGCUUUCCGCGGCUCUUACUCAGUCCGUAAUUGGAUCGCUGACGUCGAGUUUCCCUACACCGAUCCCGGUCUCUGCGACGGCUGCGAAGCUGAAUUCGGCUUCUGGAGCUCUUGGGCCGUAGUCCGCGACGACAUCAUGAAGAGUCUCAACGAAGUCAUAUCCGCGAACUCAGACUACAAGCUUAUUGUUGUGGGCCACAGUCUUGGCGCUGGCGUUGCGACUCUCGCUGCCGCCGAUAUCCGGGGCCGUGGUCACCCUUCGGCAAAGCUAUACGCCUAUGCCUCGCCUCGUGUGGCUAAUCCGGCACUGGCCAAGUUCAUCACUGACCAGAAUAACAACUACCGAUUCACCCACACCAAUGACCCUGUCCCUAAGCUGCCUCUUAUUGCUAUGGGUUACGUACACGUCAGCCAGGAGUACUAUAUUACGUCUGGUAACAACGUUACUGUUACCACUGGCGAUAUUCAGGUUCUCGACGGUGAGAUUAACUUGCAAGGUAACACGCAGACAGGUAUCCCGACCAUUGAAGCCUUUUCCGCUCACCACUGGUACUUUGAGCGUGCUGAUGGAUGCAUUGGACUUGGGAUUCCCUGGAAGAGAUCCCACUAG